AUGUCUUCAAAAAUUAGUUUAACUAAUGACCAGCACAAAAAAAUUUGUAUACAAAAACAAAAUAAUUUAACCAUGACACAAGAAGAGCUUGCAAAAUGGGCAAAAGAAGAGUUUGUACUCCAACCUCAACUAGAUGAAGCAUUAGCAAACUGGGUUUUGCAAUGUCAAGCAAGAAAAAUUCAGUUGACUGGGAAGUUAAUACAUGAAAAAAGAUGUAAAUUGGCUGAACAAAUUGGUCUUAACCCCCAAGAUUGCAAUACACCUGAUUUUUCUGUUGGUUGGCUACUCUUAUUUGAGCAAUGUUAUAAUUUUAAAAUGCAUAAAAUACAUGGAGAAAAAACUAUUACAAAUUGUUUUCACCAUACUGGCUUGUUUGAUUAUGAAAUAACUACCGCUAUUUGUAAAGUCUAUCCAAAUGAUGAGGAUUUAUCUGUUCUCACAGAGUUGGAAGAAUCACUCCAAAUAUUGUCUUCCUGCCACCCUAUGAGCAUUGCUCAUUAUACAAGCUCACCAGAAGAAACAGACAUAGUACAUCAAGAAUUCACAGAUGCUGACUUACUGGCAUCAAUGACCCCAGAAAAUGAUGAUACUGAUAGUAUAAAUAAAAGUAAUUCUUCUUUUAUUACUCCUUCAAACCCUGUUAGACUUGAUGCUAUUCGUACUGUAAUCAGUCUUCUUGAUACAACUAUUUCUGAUCACAAUACUGUGCUUAGAACAUUGCAUUCAUUACAAUGA